GCCAUCCCGUGGCCGACUAGGCUGAACUUCCUGGAUUGCGUGUGCCUCCCUUUGUGACUGCCACGAGCCGUCCUACGUCCGCGCCGGUUCCUAAGAAACCGGAAGGAGGAGCAGCAGCCACAAGCAGAGCGGCCUGAGCGUUGCCCUGAGGGGGGUGAGCCUGGAAUCGCGUGAAAAACAGCUUGAGGCUAGCCAGUUGAAACAGCAAAAACUAUCAAAAGCCUUAUGAAGCAGCAACGUGGGAAUAAAUAUGGGGGUCGUCCCCAAAGGAAGCGUAGUUCUUCUGCUAAGGGCAUUUCCACCCCAGAAGUACACCCUUCAGAAGAAAGCGUAGAGAGUGGCAUCAUAGCUCUCCAACCAUUGGCUCAGAAGCGGUCUCUGCAAAGUUUGAGUGACAUGUCAUGUGUCCCUGGAGAAAGUACUAACGUUGCCAAGAGACCAAAGCUGCUGCCCUCAGCAAAUUCUGCUGGCCAGGAAUCUGAAGAUGAGGGGUCAGAUGACAGCGAUUUUGAGGAAGCCGAGAGCGAUAAUGACGACAGUGAUGAUACCAGUAGUGAUGAUGGUGAAAAUGACAAUGAUGAUGAAAUUGGCAGCGAUUCCUCAAACAACAACGAAGACUCGGAUUCAGAGGACGGUGCAGGCAAUCCUCUGUCAAAGCCUGAAUUGACAAAAGAAUUAUCUGCAAUGUCUUUUGAGGAACUUCUGAAAUUAAGAAACAAGGUUGGGACCAAGGCUUAUCAGCAGAUGGCUUUUGAGAAGACAGCAAAAAAUACCACGAAACCGAAGAAGAGGCAGCCUUCAGAUAAACACAGGCCGUUGGAAAUAUCAGCCAAGAAACCGGUCCCCUUUCUGCGGCAAGUGGUGCCUAUUAGAAAGAAGGUACCUCGAGACCCACGUUUUGAUGACCUCUCUGGGGAAUACAACCCUGAAGUAUUUGAAAAGACAUAUGCCUUCUUGAACGACCUCAGAAAGAAGGAAAAGGAGGUAGUUCAGAAGCAACUGAAAAAAUGUCGGAAUGUGGAACAGCAAAACAAGCUGCAACAGCUCCUAAAACGUAUGACACAGCAGGAGGACGCUCAGAAGAAAUGCCAGAAGAAGCGAGAAGCUGACCUUGUCCUGAAGAAAAAGCAGAGGGAACGGGCCAAGCAAGGGAGGAAGCCCUUCUAUCUAAAGAAAUCUGAUAAGCAGAAAUUGGAACUAGCUGAGAAGUACAAGGAGCUAAAGAAGAGUGGGAAGCUGGAGAGCUUCUUGAGCAAGAAGAGGAAGCGGAAUGCUGCUAAGGACAAAAGGAAACUGCCUUCCAAGAAGCGGGUGUAACUCUUCUGGCUGUGCGGGGGCAGGGGCGAAAGCUGCUGCUGAAAGUCAACAGUUGGCUGUGACUAAUGAACGUCAAGCAAAAUGGCAUUCAGCAGUCCAGGUUUCCAACCAUUUCUCCUGUACCAUGCCAGCAGCAACUGCAUCGUUUGAACUAAUGGGAAUGUGAGCAAAAUUAAGCUGCCAGCUCUGCAGAAGCCUCUGAAGGGUGAACUUUUAUUUAGCCUCAGAUGAGGAGGAGGAGAAGCAGAGGAUUUCCACUGCUUGCCCAAUUUUUCCCCUUUUUCUUCCAGAAGCCAGAACCAGAGUUUAGCGCACAGGGUGGGGAGGCUCUGUUCCUCCCUAAUGUCAUACUUUUGCCCACAGUCUUUCCUCCCCCACUCCCCACCCCCACUCCCCACCCCCCACCCCCCACCACAUAGUCUGUACAGACUUGGGAGCUCCUUGAGUCUUCUCCUUGCCUUCUGAGGCAAGGAAGCAGCAUGUGUAUCUUCUCACUGCUAUCUUGAAACAUUGCUUGGCUCUCUUCCCAGCUGUUUUCUUUCUUCAGCUUAACAGGAGUCCACAGAAUCCCACAGUAUGCAGUGUGCCUUGGUUUCUCACACAGGUUUUGCAUGAACAAAAAUCUUCCCUAAAAUAGUAACACUGCCGUGCCUACAGCAUUCCAUCUGGAAGAACGACAAAUAGCACAGGGAAUUCUAUUCUUUGCAGAGGCUUGUAUAUAUUUUUCCAGCUCAGUCAAGUUCUGGCUGAGGACAACAGCUUUGUUACAGAUGUUUUUCUGCAUUGAACUGUAAAUUUCCUAGAAAUGUUGUACAAAAUUAAUAGGUUACAGUGUACCGUUAACAGGUUUUGUUUUUACACGGCUCCUCAGGUAACUGGUAGAAAUGUUUUGUGGUAACAUUUCACUGAACAUAUAUCUUAAGUAACAUUUUAAUAAAAUCAAACUCAGUCUGCC